AUGUCUAGAACCAUCCUUAGACCACUUCAGAAGCUGACUUUGUCCGUGUUCAGGCGGGAUCAGCCAUCAAAUGGCUUCACAAAAGACAAGGCGAAGCUGCAGGACUCGUACUUUCUUGAUGAAUAUGGUCUGACCAGCCCUGGUGAAAACAAUGCUGGUGAAGAUGAGGACGGUGAUGGCAUGGCAUUCCUGGAGAGCCUCCUCGUUCUUGGUGAAGAUGAUAAGAGAACUUCCAGUCAGGGCCUGACGGCGGCCGGACUGGCCAAUAUCCUUACUUUAUUCCCAGAUAUAUGCCCUCGAUACAUCACUACCCUCUACCAACCGAUGUUGGCGAGGAAACCAGAAAAUUUUGAAGGAGCUUUGAUCGAUGCAAUCCUCAAGGAAGCUACUUACAUAACUGUAAGUGGUUCAAGGCAAAAGCGGGAGGAUAUGGCUAAGGAUGUCCAUUGGGGUAAAGAAGACAACCUCACGAGAAACAGUCGGUAUUGGAAAUGCUGCAAAGCUCUUUUGAAACUCGACUUUCCUCUGGUUCCCACAGACUACAUAAAAGAAUAUUUAGAGGUAACGAAUGAUUGCUUGUACAAUGCCUACCUGCGAUUUUACGAGGUUGAAUCAACUUAUGAGACAUCGGAUCCCAAACCGUAUACCAGAAAUACCGAUGUCAAAAGGGAAAAAUUGAUGGCUUCUUUUAGGAAAGUAGUAGCCAAGUACCCGAAUAGGGACAUAGACCUGGAGAUCAAAGAUGCUAGAGCUGAACGGAAGCGUCGUAUUGUUGCUCGAACCCUUAGGAAGAAAGCCUUCGAGGAUGAAAAAAGGAACCUUGCCUACUAUACAUCCAUUGGUGGGAUAAUUGAAUGCCAUUGCUGCUUUAGUGAUACGCCCCUUAAUCGGGUAGUAUAUUGUGCUGCCGCAGAAGCCCAUCCAUUUUGCUGGGAAUGCAUGAAAUCCAAUGCCAAAACCCAAGUUGGUAUGAUGAGACACAGUAUCCAAUGCAUGGACAUUAACGGUUGUGAUGCGGGUUUCUCCCGUGAGGAUUUGAUCGAGUCGGUGGGGGAUUCUCUUAUGAACAAACUUUUUGACUUGCAGCAAUUGGAAGAGAUUCAACAAGCGGACCUCACAGACCUUGAAGAAUGUCCGUUCUGUGAGUACAAGGCGAUAUAUCCCCCAGUUGAAGAAAAUCGCGAAUUUCGUUGUUUGAAACCGGGAUGUAUGAGGAUGAGCUGCCGGAGGUGCCAAAGACCUUCACAUAUUCCCAUGACCUGCGCAGAGAGCCGAAGGGAAGACUCCAAGCAUUUACGGAAGCACGUUGAAGAGGCUAUGAGUAAAGCCGUUAUUCGCAUUUGUCCUAACAAGAAGUGCAAAGCCCCGAUUAUCAAAGAAGAUGGAUGCAAUACCUUGAAAUGUCGCAAAUGUUCCACGGUCAUGUGUUAUGUUUGCAAGCAAAAUAUCUCGCGGGUGAAGGAAAGCCACUUUGAUCUGGUGAGAAGUUGUCCCAUAGAGGAUGACGACUACUUGCAAGAGAGACAUGAGCGAGAGCGGAUGACGGCACGAAAUGCGGCAGUUGAGAAUCUUCUAAAGGACAACCCCGAGCUGAACGAAGAAGACCUUGGUGGCGAGCUUAUCAAACGUCGAACAGUACGCGACGGAUUGCCGAUUGUAUACCCUGAAGGCACGCCUGACACUAGCGAAAUGGCGCUCUGGCCGUUUGGACGGCGUAUAACUUCUGGAGCUCAGCCUGACCGUCCGCGGCAGCAUUGGCCACAGCUACGCGUACGAUGCCCACCAGCAAAUGAAGACACCCAACUGCCCAUCAAUUAUGAAUGCCAAGCUAUAGAAACAAUUGGCGUAUUUCCAGAGCUACCUCGGGGGGAUAUUGAAGGCUAUAGUGACCCGCUGCCGCAGUAUUUUUCGUUUUAUGCAUAUGCACCGUAUCCGCUACCACCGGAUCUCCCAGUCAUUCGAUAUGAGAGGGGUCAGCACAAAGCAUAA